GAUAUACAAAAAUAUGAUAAAUAUUAGACAGCUCUGGGUGUGUUUUAUAUCAUCAUUAAAACUAAAACAAAAAGUCCUGAUUAACUGAAGUCGGUCUUGUUCUUCAAGGGCUAGCAGGCGGUUACGCUACGAAAAGAAGGAAGUGUAAGAGACUUGUAUAAAAAUAUUGUGCGCUGCACUCCGCGACAAAUAUCGUCGAGUUACCCUGCUAGUAUUUAAGGUGUGUGCAAUUUUUUGUCAUCUUUUUGUGGAGUGCAAUUUGUAGUAAAAUGGGAAAGCUAAAGAGAAAAAGUGACGUAAAAAUCAAUAAAUAGAGCUUCGACCAAGUAAGAAAUAAAUACAUACUUAUAUAUGGAAAGCAAAGGCAACGGCUAUAGAGCGGCCCGUUUGCCCCUCUGAAAUAGCAGUCUACAACCAACAUAAAACACAAAAGGUAUAACAAAAAGACAACAAAAAAAAAAAAAACAAAGUUGCAAAUAAAGUACGAGAAUUGGAAAUAAUCAUGCUAAACAGCGCCAAUAACAAUUUUGUGCAGCAUGCACAGGUGGUAUCUACAUCAACGGAGGGAAAUAUGAACGGUUACAAUCGAAAGUCUCCCCAGAAACGGCGUUAUGAUAUGCCAAAAUAUGCCGUGCCACCAAAAAAGAAAUCUGGCAAGGAACGUGUACCACAGCCGAAGAAUACAGUAGCAAUGCUUAAUGAAUUGCGGCAUGGACUGAUAUACAAAUUAGAGUCACAGACUGGUCCGGUGCAUGCGCCGUUAUUUACGAUCUCCGUUGAGGUUGAUGGGCAGAAAUACUUGGGACAAGGCCGCAGUAAAAAGGUAGCGCGUAUCGAGGCAGCAGCCACAGCACUGCGCAGUUUUAUACAGUUUAAAGACGGCGCAGUCUUGUCUCCCUUGAAGCCAGCAGGCAAUUUGGACUUUACAAGUGACGAACAUCUUGAAAAUGGUAUUGAAAACGUGUCCAAAGCAGAAUUAGUCGAACUGAUUUACACGUUGAUGUUGCCUGAAAAGAAAUCCAACCUUACCUCGCUUGAACAACCCACGUUGCGUCCACAAAUAUUUUGCAUGAGCCACAAUGCCACAAAAAGUACGAUUGCUGUAGAUGGCCAGAAGAAAGUUCCAGAUAAAGGCCCAGUUAUGUUGUUGUACGAACUAUUUAACGAUGUUAAUUUUGAGUGCAUGAACAUUGAUGGCGCUCAAAACAACUGCCGCUUCAAGAUGACGGUUACCAUCAACGACAAAAAGUUCGAUGGCACAGGUCCCUCCAAGAAAUUGGCUAAAAACGCAGCCGCUAAGGCCGCGCUCGCCUCCCUGUGCAAUAUAUCCUACAGCCCGAUGAUGGCGCCGCAGAAAAACGCGCCAUUGCCCAUAGACGACAAGACGUCGUCGAUGGAAUUACCGCAAAUACAUGCGGAUACCAUCGGACGUUUAGUGCUGGAGAAAUUCAUGGAAGUAAUUAAAGGUCAGGAGGCGUACUCGCGACGAAAAGUUCUCGCAGGCAUAGUUAUGACGGAAAACAUGAAUUUCUGCGAAGCCAAAGUAAUCUCAGUUUCCACCGGAACAAAAUGUGUCAGCGGCGAGCACAUGAGCGUAAAUGGCGCGGUCCUUAAUGACUCGCAUGCUGAGAUCGUGUCCAGGCGUUGUCUUCUGAAAUACCUGUAUGCUCAGCUUGAUCUCCAGUGUAAUCAGGCAACAGCAUAUCAGUCGAUUUUCGUGAGGAAUACAGACGGGCAAUACCCUUAUAAACUAAAAUCCGGGGUACAUUUCCAUUUGUAUAUAAAUACAGCACCAUGUGGGGAUGCACGGAUAUUUAGUCCUCACGAAAACGACACUGGUGUUGAUAAGCAUCCAAAUAGAAAAGCACGUGGACAGUUGCGUACGAAAAUCGAAUCGGGAGAAGGAACAAUACCAGUGAAGAGCAGCGAUGGCAUUCAGACGUGGGACGGCGUACUUCAGGGCCAGCGUCUGCUUACAAUGUCAUGCUCGGAUAAAAUUGCUCGCUGGAACAUUGUCGGUAUUCAGGGUUCACUGUUGUCUGCAAUUAUCGAACCGGUUUACCUGCAUUCCAUUGUGUUGGGAAGUUUGUUGCAUCCAGAACACAUGUACCGCGCUGUGUGCGGACGAAUUGAAAAGUCUAUACAGGGUCUACCACCCCCGUACCAUUUGAACAAGCCACGUCUUGCUCUGGUUACUUCUGCAGAACCGCGAAAUCAGGCUAAAGCGCCAAACUUUGGGAUAAAUUGGACCAUUGGUGAUACUGAACUGGAGGUUGUCAAUUCGCUAACGGGGCGAACUAUUGGCGGCCAAGUGUCUAGGAUCACUAAGCAAGCUUUCUUUGACAAAUAUGGAUUUUUAGUGAAAAACUUACCAGGCAUGCCAAACCGCAAGGUCACCAAGGAUUAUGGGGAAACAAAGGCAGAUGUGAAGGACUACCAGACGGCUAAGCAAGAGCUGUUUUCUGCAUUCAAGCGUGAGGAUCUUGGCAGUUGGCUAAAGAAACCAAUUGAACAAGAUCAGUUCGGGCUUGUGGAAUGACUGCAUUCAGCUUUACUAUUAUCCGGAUACAGACGUACGAGAGUACAUUUUUUAAAAAAAGACAGCAACAACGGCAAGCAAUUAAUAGAUUUAGAUAAUAUAGCUUAUAAAAAAACUUGCGUGGUAGACUGCAAUUUUAGUUUUGAUCAAUCAAAUGAAAACCAAUUGAAUUUGAUUGAAAACCUGCCGGUGACGCGUCGGAAUAACAACGACAGACAUAUAGUUCCAAGUAUUGGAACAAUGAGAGUUUUCAGUAGAAUAUUUUUAGAAUAGAAUGUAGUUUUUAUGCUGGAACUAAGUAAAGAAGUAUUAUGGCGUUUUACUUAAAAUAAUUGAUUUUGCAUAUAUUAAAAAUAACAAUUGUAGCUAUUGGAGGUAACAAAUGUAUCAUGACAAAUUUUCGAAGUUCAAAAACAAAUAUUCCUUGCUCCGUCUCACUUUUUUUCAGUCCCGAUAUUUGGUUGUGCAACACAAUUAUUUGCGCAUGCUAAUUUACAUCAAACUUAUACAUACUAGCCUCUACAAUAGAUUAUUAUAAUACAUAUAGCAUAAUGAAGCUUCUAUGACACGACGUUAGUGGCAUAAUAAUUUAAAUAAGAAAGCACUUAAUCGAAUGUU